AUGGUAUCAGACGACGCGUUUGAUCCGCGCCGUGCUUCCGCUUCCUCUGCUGCCGCCGCCUCGGCCUCCGCCACCGUGCCGCCUCCGUCAACCUUGGCAACGGAGUCGCCGUUCAUGGCGUCAACCCCGCUUGCCUGGGCCCGUCCGGCCACAUCAGGAUCGCGCCCUCCAGCGCCCCGAUUGCCCGCUGCCCAGCCGCCGCUCGUUCGUGAUGAGUUGCCCCGCGAUCGCAUGCAACAUGGCUUGCCUCGCGAUCCAUCAGACUACUACAGUCGCAUGCAACUGCCCCACGAUCCAGCCUCCGCUCGCCCGUAUGAUGGAGUUGUUGACGCGUGUGCGCAGCGCGAUGCUUCUUACGGCGGGAUUCCAUCGCACGCUGCGCCGCCGCCUUACGUCGGGAUUCCAUCGCAUGCUGCGCCGCCGUCUUCCGGUCCCCAUGGUGCCUCUGUCCAGGUGCCCUUCGGCGGGCCGUAUCCAGCGCCAUACGUCGCGCCGCCGUCGUAUGCUUCGUCCUCCACGGUGCCCUACGAGGCGCCGUAUGGCGCGCCCUAUGCUGCCCAUGUGCCGUACGUCGCGUCGCUGCAGCCCUACGGCGUACCUCAUACGGCGCCCUACGGUCAUCACCAACACUACCGUCCGUCUCCGUCGGCCGAUGCGCUGAUUCCGUACAGUGCUCCUCCGACGUACGACUCGCAGCUCUCCGCAUCGGUGGCUGAACCAGGACCUUUCCACUUCGCUCACCUGGUGACGGUGAAGCUCUCUGCUGACAACUACCUCCUGUGGCGCGCUCAGGUGUUGCCGCUGAUGCGUAGUCACUAA